UGGAAGUCUGGGCACAUGCAUCUCUGAAGCUACUCCAGCUUUUGAUGAAAGAGAUGGAGGACCCUAGGGAAGGUCACAUUAGAUUCACUCAUGUCGGCCCGUACUCUAUGCGGUUCGAAUGGGGAUCUCCGACUAUGAAUGAAACAGAACAAAAAAUCAGAAUCAGAUGGAAAGCCGAUCGUGUCACUUAUAACGACACAACAUAUACAAACCAUUUUGAAAUGAAAAAUCUCUCACCUGGAACAACAUACAGCAUUACAGUAGUGCCAAAUGAGGACAACAAAUGUUUCACUGAAUCUGUGUGUACAGCAAUUCCAGGAACUGAGAAUUUUGAAUAUGUCUCAGAAGACCCAACCACUGUAUCAUUAAGUUGGACGCCACCUCAGAAAAUCCUUAAUAGACAGUAUAGAUUCCAAGUGAUACUGUAUAAAAAUGAACAGGAAACACAAACAGUGGAAGUGGAAUCAGAUGUAAACAAAUUUUCAUUUGAACACCUUCUUCCUGCCACGGAGUACAAAGCAACAAUACGCACAAUACUGGAUGAUGACAAGCAGAGUGACCCAACCGUUUUAUUUGUCUCACAACCACUUCCACCUGGAAACCUGCAAAUCAAAAGUGGUGCAACUUCUGUUUGUCUGAAAUGGACUCGUCCCAUCACUGAUGGCAAGAUCAACCACACAUUCCAGGUGAUCUACUGCAACGAAGCCAAUACCACAGAAUCAUUUAUCACAGAGGAGACUGAAGUGAAUAUACUGAGUUUACAACCUGGAGCUGAAUAUUCCUUCUUUGUCUACACUGUAGUUGAAUCAAAUGGCAAAAGAAUUGAGAGCACUGCUGAAAUCACACAGCGCACAAAUGUAAAUAUGGAAUCUGUAUUAAUGGAACUGGGACUGCAAAAAUAUCUGAGGGAUAAACUGACUUUAAAGACGGUGCUGGAAAUAAUCAAACCUUCAGAUGAGAACCAAGCAACUAGUAUUACAUCACUGCCGUGGCUUUUCCUCAGAAAGCUUAUGAUGGCUAAUUCAUCAGCCAGAACCCUGAAAUGUGCUUCUGAGGAAUCUACCGAUUUUAACGAAGAUCAGAAAGGCAUAAAUCCAUUGGAUUUGAUCACAGCUCUUUUUCACUGUGCCGACCCUUUCCUCCAGCAAGAAAUGGCUCUAAAAAUGUCACUGUGUCAGUUCUCUGUGCCUUUACUGCUGCCAAACUGUGACACAAAAGAGUGCACGCUGAUGCUUUGGGCCCUGAGGGACAUAACAAAAGAAAACAGUAUUGUGCAAACUGAUUUGCCCCUGAUCUCUUUCGUCAGACUAGGAAAAAAUCGAAAUAUUUCCAAAUCUGAGUUUCUGAACAAGCUCCUUUCAGCCAGUCAGCAAAACCAUGAUGCUUUUGUUCACAGGAAAAUGGACAAUGGAAACCUUCAAAAAAAGAUAUGUAAUGGUCUUGUUGAAAUUACCUGGUAUCUCCCUAGUGGAAAGAAAAAAAAUGACAUUUUUAAAGACCCAGUAGCUCUAGCUAAUCUUCGUGGGGAUAUUUCUGCAUUUGAGGCCCAAUUCGCUUUUCUAACCCAAACAUCAUCUGCAGUUUUUCUGUUCUGCGAUGAUCUGGACUCAAAUAAGACGUUUCUGAACUCCCUGCAACACAAAUCAAAAAUGGUUCUGGUUUGCACAACUGAUAGUCCAACAUCAAGAGAAAAUCUGAAACAAAGUUUGGUGCAGAUCAAGCUCAAAACAUUCUCAACCAUUCACAAGGACGGGAAGAUGAAUGAUAGCGAAUUUGUUGCUAAAAUAAAGAAGAUUGUUGUUGGAAUUCUUGCAGAUUCUACCAAAGUAAGCAUUGAAAAGAUGUCUGAGAUUGCACCAGAGCUGGGGAUUCUUAUAGAUGAAAAUAAUACAAGUUGUCAAAAUGCAAAGGUAAGGACAAAUAAAAUUACAAAAGACAUUAGCAAUAUACCUGAAUAUAAAACAAAGGAGCUCCCAUUGCAAGGAAAACCCUGGAAGGAGUUAUCCAAACUGGAAAAAGAAAUGUGUCGCUUUAAAAAGGCAAGAAAACAAAACAUUGAGCAUUACAAGAGUGAUCUCAAAUGUCAAAUACAGAAUCUUAGAACAGAUCAAGGAAGCCACAGGAUGAGUGAUGCAAUAUAUCAGUUCAUGUCUGGCUUGUGUUGCUCAUCAAAUGAGCAACAGUAUUUUCUCAAAUGGAUGAAAGUCACGUUGAACAGUUUAACAAGAAAGCACCUGUCCAGUCUUAAGGAGCAGUACAUGGAAGCAUGUAAGAAAACCAAAGAAGAUAAAGAACAUCUCAAAGAACUGGACAAUCAGAUUGUUAGCAGCUCUUUAGGAGUUCAACACUUCAUGAGAGAAUUAAGUCAACUUUAUGAGUCUGCACACUCACAGGAAACCUGGAAAAACCCUGCCCUAAAGAAAUUACCAGAAGUAUGUGCUCAGUUGAUGCUGAAUGGGUUUCCCCUGGAGCUUGUUGAUGGAGAUGCAUCAAACAUUCCACUGACGUGGAUUGGAGAUGUGCUUACAGCACUCAACAAACUGACAGCACCUCACAAUAAGAUCAGAGUCAUAACAGUUUUAGGGGUCCAAAGCACUGGGAAGUCUACCCUCCUCAACAUAAUGUUUGGAGUUCAGUUUGCUGUUAGCAGUGGCAGAUGCACAAGAGGUGCUUUCAUGCUUCUGAUAGGAGUGUCCGAGGAAUUCAGAGCAGAGCUUCAGUGUGACUAUUUCCUAGUGAUUGACACAGAGGGAUUAAAAUCUCCAGAGCUGGCUGAAAAAGCUGAGAGUUAUGAACAUGACAAUGAACUUGCGACCCUUAUCGUUGGACUGAGUGACAUCACUAUUGUCAACAUUUCCAUGGAAAAUGCUAUUGAGAUGAAAGACAUCUUGCAAAUUGUUGUCCAUGCCUUUCUCCGCAUGAAAGAGGUGGGGAAAAAGCCCUGCUGUCACUUUGUGCACCAAAACGCUACUGAGGUUGCUGUACGAGAGAGAAAUAUAUUGUUGCAGAAGCUAGAUGACAUGACAGAAGCAGCAGCUAAAAUGGAAAAAAGAGGCCUUAACAAGAAAUUUUCAGACAUUCUAGAGUACAGCGUUGAUGGAAACAACUGGUGCAUACCUGGACUGUGGCUUGGGACUCCUCCAAUGGCACCUGUCAGUGCUGGUUACAGUGAGGAGGUGAGCAAUCUCAAGGAAGGCAUCCUUGAUGUUCUCAAGGCAGCAAAAGUCCCAGCACAGGAUUUCGUGGCAUUUGCUGAAUGGGUCCGAAGCCUCUGGAAGGCUGUACAAUUUGAAAACUUCAUUUUCAGUUUUCGAAACACUCUCGUCGCCGAGGCGUACUCCAAACUUUGUGCAGAGUUUAACACUUGGGAGUGGACAUUUAAGAAGCACAUGACCGACUGGUGCACAAAAUCUGAAAUCAAAAUCACUAACAUGGGUGCAGUGUCAGUGCAGUCAGUUAAAGCUCUUAACAUUGAUGGAGUGUUGGCGGAUUUAAAAUAUGAAGCUUCUGAUGAGCUCAACAAAGAGGAGAAAAUCCUCUUUGGAAAAAUUGAGGAAUACUUUAAAAAUGAGGAGGAACAUGUGCACCUAGUUGAAAAUCACAAAGAGGACUUCUUAAAUAGUGCACGGGGCCUUCGGAGGGAAACUGAGAUGUAUUUAAAGAACAAACUGGAGAAUGCUGUUCUGAUACAGAAAGGGAUCGAAAAGGUGGAACUAAUCAAACAAAAGCAGAGGGACACCAUGAAAGAAAAGGUGCUCAAUUUGAUCCGUGCCUUCAGGGAUAGAAGGCACAGCCUUACUGACGGUGAUCUAGAUGAGGAAUUUAAAAAAAUGUGGGACGGCACUGUGAAACAGCAUUCCUUCAUAGCUCUACCCAGACAAGAUGUGGUGAAAGAAACCUACAGACUUUUACACAGCAACUUGGAAAUGAAAAGUGGGGUGGUACGUGAGAUGCUCUUAAAUGUCACUAGUCUGGAUAAGUGUGGCAUAGGACGCUUUUUUGUGCAGACUGAAACGGAGAAUAUAAUUCAAACAUUCCCAUAUUCCCCUUCGCCUGAACAGAAAGAAAACAGAAGCAGUUUAAUGCAAAGAGAAUGCGAAAGAAUAUCAAAUAAUUGUGAAAUAUUCAUUUGUUCUAAGACAAGUGGAAACUCAGACUACAAUACCGCUGACAUACAGGAGCUGCUGUGCAUCAUUGACAACAAUCUAGAAAGCUGCAAGGAUUUCCAGAUUAGCCCUGAAAAUGAAGCAGCUCUCAAGAUCCACAUAUGUGGAUAUGCAGCAAGAGCUUUCCAGAAAAUGCAUGAUGACUACAUCCACAGGAACGACCCUAUAAAAUGCCUUGAAAGGUUCAAGGAGCAAUGGUUGGCUGACUUUAAAGACCUUUACUAUGAACGAGACCAGUGUCAGAAGAAGGCAGAGAUGUGUGCCAUGCAGUGCUUCGCCCCUGCUGUGAUGGAGUACAUCCAGAAACGUCUUGGGCCUGACAUUGUGGAUGAAAUGCUGACCGGUGAAAGAGCUGUCGAUUUCAGCACACGGUCAUUCUUCCAGUUUUCACUUCUAAAACAGCUGCUGCAGGAUGACGACUUCAACAAUAUUUAUGAAUAUGUAGAAAACUACGAGAAGUUUGUAACUGAGUGGAUAUCAGAGAAAAUCAUUGAGCAUUUUUCAAAAGACGACACAUUUCUGAAGUUAGAGAAAAAGCAUUUGAUUGUGAUCAGCAAGAAGCUCUGGGAAGCUGUAAUUGCACAGAGAGAGACAUACAUUCGCCGUAGCAGCAAUGUUCAAGGAAGAAGCAUCUACAGUUUUGUAGCCAAAGUCUUCGCAUGUCUUAAUAAAGAGCUGGUCAUACCAGCUGACACUCUCAAUGCAACUCUUGUUAUAAACAACUCUGACCCUGCUAUAUUUGCAGAUUGCCUUUUAUCAUCAAUAUACAAAAUGCCUAGAAGCUUAGCAGAACAGUUGGAUAGAGAAAGCGAUGUCAGGGAUAUUCUAAGCAGACUGUCACUAUACAGACCUCAAGAGGUGCUCUUCAGCAGAGUGUUCGGCUGUGGGAAAAGGUGUCCGUUCUGCAGAGUACCUUGUGAAGCUGGAGGAAAUGAACAUGCGGAACAUUUUGCUUCUGCCCAUCGGCCACAAGGCAUCGGCAACUUCAGGUGGAUUUCAACAGGAAAACUAAUUCCCGACAUAUGCUCAUCUCUUGUUGCAAGUGACAAAGAAUUCCGCUGUGAAUUCACAGGAAACGAGUGGCAUAAAUAUAAAGAAUACAGACAGAUCUUUCCAGACUGGAGGAUACAGCCUGACCCUAGCAUUGAGGCCACUGACUUCUGGAAGUAUAUCUUCGCUAAGUACAAUGCUAAAUUUGCUGCACGAUACAAUGUUAUCCCUGCAGACCUACCUGAUGAUUGGCAUAGAAUCUCUGUACAGCAGGCAAACAAAUGCUUGAGAGAUACAUUUAAAUAUACAUUAACGAAACUAUAAAAGGCAAGAUC